AUGGCUUCCUUCUCUGUCCAGGCUCUACCCAAUCCGGCCCCGGACCAUGACACGUUUCUUGAAUAUUCAUCGCGACUCAAGACCCUCAGGCUUAGAAGUCUGAAAGAGCAUGCGAAGAGCUUCAUAUCCAGAUAUGAGAGUGAAGUCAGCCAGCCAGAAGAGUUCUGGCUGAACAGACUUCGAGACAAUCGAGCCACCCACCUUAUCUUGCUUCGCCAUAACGCGCUGACUCACGAAUCGACCCUGUUGCAGAAUCAAUGGGUCGGAUUUGUGGUCAUCACCGCACCCACCCGCAAGGAAGUCGACGAUGUAGGUCGGUCAUCAUCCGCCGAGUGGUACAUGGCGGCACUCUAUGUCGAGCCUGAGGUGCGUGGGCAAGGGUUGGGAAAGCGCCUUGUUCAGGCGACCAUCGACCAUGUCAGGGAUAAUUCGUCAAGGGAACAUGACGAGUCCCCAUGCUGCCUCACAAGCGUGGUACAUGGCAAUGAAAAUGCCCUGGAACUGUAUCAAAAACUUGGAUUUCGGAUCAUCAAUCCAAAGGAAGAGGUGGAGAACGAAGGAAGGAAGUAUCUUUCAACGAAAAUGAGGAUUGAGGUGUACUAG